AUGGCGGACGUCAAGCUGAGGACGCCCGAAGAGGCUGUCGCUGCAAUUGCAUACCUUGCGAGUGACGUCGUUGUUUCGGUGCAACCCUCGCUAGCCUCCGAGUCGGAGUUCUCGAGCCGCCUCAAGCAGCUCGCCGCGAGCAAGACGCCGAGCUUGGUCGCGAAAACCAGCGAUGCCGUCCCCGAGAUCCAGCCCGUGAGGCAUAACACCGACCCCCUCCUGUCGGUCUUCACCCCGAUCCGCUCCGGCCGCCUGGUCUCGGUGACCACGACCUCCUCCAUCCUCCUCUCCUCGGUCGCCCAUCUCUACAAACUUGCGAACUUCCCCGUCGUGCUUCAUGUAGCCCUCACUCCUAAGAGCUUCCCCGACUACUCGGCGAUCACUUCGAUCCGGAACUCGGGAUGGACUUUCCUGCAGUCGUGGUCGUUGCAGGAUGCCCACGACAUCGCCGUCACGGCGCAUGCCUUGGCCCUCCGCUCGGGCAAGGGUGUCAUCCACUUCUUCGACCCCGCCUCUGGUGCUAGUGACGAGCUCAUCGAUGUCGCGAGCGCGGAUGUCCUCCGGGGUCUUCUGAACCUUGACAACGUGCGGCGGUUCCAGUCCGCCCCUAUCGAGGGGUCAAACAUCUACGCCGACGAUGGCCGCACCGCGCUCGUCUCGGAUCAGCCUGAGCCCCUGGCCGUGGGAGCGAUUGGUGCCAACACUGUGCCAGCCGGCGAGGCCGCGCUGGCAACGCCGACUAUCACGUCUCAGUCCUCUGUGAAGUCCAGUCAGCAGAGCGCCGCUAGCUCACCACCCGUCCCGUCAGCCGCGACGACCAUCGAGCCCACUGUCCCCGUUGUGUCCUCCGAAGAUAUCCACACAUACGUCACUUCCAUCUGGACUCAACUUAAUGACCUCGUGGGCCGGCAAUACCAUGCGUUUGAGUGGACAGGGGACUCCAAGGCUGAGAGUUGCUUGUUCCUUUUUGGUUCGGAUGCCACACUUUUCAGCAACGCCAUCGCCCAAGCGCAGGCCGACGAUUCCUUUGCUAACGCGGGAUUGAUUAUCCCCCGGCUGUACCGCCCCUGGCUGGGCGCCAAAGUGCUCGAGGCCAUCCCCAAAUCCGUGAAGAAGGUGGCCGUCCUGGAGCAGGUCUCAAGGAAGACGACCAAGUGGGGCCCCGUCCUUAUCGACGUGCUCACGUCCGUGAAGAGCGCUGCUGGCGGCGUGGACACCAUUGUUGGCCACCAGCUUGGCUACAUCUCCAAGGAUACCGUGCAGCAAGCUCUCCGUGGUGUCUUCCAGAACCUCAGGUCCGACAAGCCGGUUCAAAACUUGGAGGUUGGCGAACGUGAGGCUCCCGAACACGCACCUGAGUACGGCCUUGAGAAGCCGAAGCUUGAGACAGCCUAUACGAAGAUCCUCGACCAGCUGUUCGGCAGCAGGGCUUUUAUUGCCAACUCCCUGGAGUCGGAUAACGCCGGUGUCUCCAACACCAUCUCCGCCACCCCGGAAUUUGGCUUUGGUUCUCUGCUCGCCAGGAAGGAGCGGAGGAAGAAGUUCCUGGGCGAAGUCAAGAACGCCGCGAGCUCCGGCCAGUUCCUAACCGAAAACCCCAAGCGGUCCUUGGCCCACUGGGUCGCCAACGCUGAGGAUCCCAAGAAGGCUGACGCGGCCGCCGAAGAUGUCCUUUCAAAGCUCUUUAUCGACAAUUCCAGGUUGUCCAGGUCGUUGCUCCAGAACAAGCACUUCUUCCACAGGCAAUCCUUGUGGCUUGUCGGGUCCGAUGCCUGGUCAUACGACCUGGGUAACUCAGGUGUUCACCACGUCUUGGCAUCGGGUGAGAACGUCAACCUCCUGAUUAUCGAUUCAACCCCUUACUCGGAGCGUGCCGCUGCCGAUGCCAACCGGAGAAAGAAGGAUAUCGGUCUUUACGCCAUGAACUUCGCCAACGCCUAUGUUGCGUCGACCGCUGUCUAUAGUUCGUACACUCAGGUUCUCCAGGCUAUGGACGAGGCCGACAAGUUCAACGGGCCCUCGAUCGUCUUGGCCUACCUCCCCUACUUUGGCGAGCACGAUUCCCCCCUCACUGUCCUCCAGGAAACGAAGAAGGCCGUCGACCUCGGCUACUGGCCCCUGUACCGGUGGAACCCCGAUAACGAGAAGAAGAAUGAGCCCAACUUUUCUUUGGAUUCCGAGCGCAUCAAGAAGGAGCUCAAGGAGUUCCUGGACAGGGACAACCGCUUGACGCAGAUGAUGAGGAGUCAGCCGCAGUUUGGCGGUGUCCUUUCGGAGGACUUUGGAACCGAGAUCCGGGCGCAACAAAAGCGGCAGGCUAAGGAUGCGUAUAAUCAGCUUCUUGAAGGGCUGUUUGGCGCUCCGCUCACGAUCCUGUUCGGUUCGGACAAUGGCAACGCUCAGUCCCUGGCCAAGCGCCUCGGUACAAGGGGCAGGGCUCGCGGUCUCAAGACGACUGUCUUGGCCAUGGAGGACUACCCAGUCGAGGACCUGCCUUCGGAGGAGAACAUUGUCAUCCUUACGUCGACUGCUGGCCAGGGCGAGUUCCCGCAGAACGGCAAGCCAUUCUGGGACGCCAUCAAGGACAACACCGAGCUGGACCUGGCGGCGGUCAAGUUCUCCGUUUUUGCCCUUGGCGAUAGCCACUAUUGGCCUCGGAAGGAGGACAAGGUGUACUAUAACAAGCCCGGCAAGGACCUUGACAGGGUGCUGGGCAACUUUGGCGCGACAAGGCUCGCGGAAGUCGGGUUGGGCGAUGACCAAGAUCCGGACGGAUACCAGACGGGCUACGCGGAGUGGGAGCCGAAGUUGUGGGAGGCCCUUGGAGUGGCUAACGUUGAAGGGCUUCCGGACGAGCCGCCUCCGAUCACCAACGAGGACAUCAAGAUCGAGUCGAACUACUUGCGUGGUACCAUCGCCGAGGAACUCAAGGACACAUCGACCGGUGCCAUCUCUGCCGCGAACCAGCAGCUGACCAAGUUCCACGGCACGUACAUGCAGGACGACCGUGACCUCCGUGACGAGCGCAAGGCCCAGGGUCUGGAGCCCGCCUACUCCUUCAUGAUACGGUGCCGUCUGCCGGGCGGUGUGUCGACACCAAAGCAGUGGAUACAAAUGGACGACAUCAGCAACGAGCUUGGCAACGAGACUAUGAAGCUAACCACGCGUCAAACCUUCCAGUUCCACGGUGUAGUCAAGGGCAAGCUGAAGCCGGCCAUGCAGGCCAUCAACAGGGCGCUCAUGACCACCAUCGCCGCUUGCGGUGAUGUCAACCGGAACGUCAUGUGCAGCCCCCUUCCUGCGCAGUCCAAGUACCAUCGCGAGGUCUUCGCCUGCUCUCAAAAGAUCAGCGACCACUUGCUGCCCACGACGACGGCAUACCAUGAGAUUUGGCUUACCGACGACAACGACAAGAAGACCCAGGUCGCCGGAGACGCAGUGCAGGACUUCGAGCCGAUGUAUGGGCCGACCUACCUCCCCCGCAAGUUCAAGAUUUCGAUCGCUAUUCCGCCGCACAACGACGUCGAUGUCUACGCCCAUGAUAUUGGGCUCAUCGCCAUCAAGGGUAGCGACGGUCACCUCGAGGGCUUCAACCUGUUGGCCGGUGGUGGUAUGGGUGCGACGCACAACAACAAGAAGACCUAUCCCCAGGUCGGCCGGAACCUUGGCUUUGUCAAGGCCGAGGACGUGCACAUUGCCUGCGAGAAGGUCAUGCUGGUGCAGCGCGACUUUGGCGACCGCAAGAACCGCAAGCAUGCCCGCCUCAAGUACACGAUCGACGACCUCGGUGUCGACGUGUUCCGGGGCAAGGUUGAGGAGCAAUGGGGCCAAAAGUUCGAGCCGGCGCGUUCGUUCCACUUCGACAGCAACGUCGACACGUUUGGGUGGACCAAGGACGAGCACGGCCUCAACCACUUCACCUUCUUCAUCGAGAACGGACGCAUCGAGGACACGGUCGAGUUCCGGAUGAAGACUGGUCUCCGGGAGAUCGCCAAGGUGCAUAAGGGCGAGUUCCGGCUCACCCCCAAUCAACACUUGAUCCUCAGCAACGUUGCCGACGAGGACCUGCCGGCCAUCAAGAAGCUCAUGGCCGAAUACAAGCUAGACAACGUCCAAUUCUCUGCGCUGCGCCUGAGCUCGUCGGCCUGCGUGGCCUUCCCAACCUGCGGUCUCGCCAUGGCUGAGUCGGAGCGGUAUCUGCCCGUGCUCAUCUCGAAGCUGGAAGGGUGUCUCGAGGAGAACGGCCUGCGCCAGGACUCGAUUGUCAUGCGCAUGACAGGUUGCCCCAACGGGUGUGCUCGCCCUUGGCUGGCCGAGGUGGCCUUCGUGGGUAAGGCCUACGGCGCGUACAACAUGUAUCUCGGCGGCGGGUACCACGGCCAGCGGUUGAACAAGCUGUACCGGUCGAGCAUCAAGGAGGAGGAGAUCCUCGCCAUCAUGAAGCCCAUGCUGAAGCGGUACGCGCAGGAGCGCAACGACAGCGAGCGGUUCGGCGACUGGACCAUCCGUGCGGGUAUCAUCAAGGCAACCACGGAGGGCCGGGACUUCCAUGAGGGGGUUGCCGAAGAGGAAUCGGAUGAAGAGUAA